CGCCGGGCCUGGGACUCCUGCUGCGGCGGCCGCGCUCCGGGGCCGCGCUCCGCCCGCGCCAGCAUGAAGGACCGGCUGGAGCAGCUGAAGGCGAAGCAGCUGACGCAGGAUGACGACGCUGACGAGGUGGAGAUCGCCAUUGACAACACAGCCUUCAUGGAUGAGUUCUUCUCCGAGAUUGAAGAAACUCGGCUCAACAUUGACAAGAUCUCAGAGCAUGUGGAGGAGGCGAAGAAACUCUACAGUAUCAUCCUCUCUGCACCCAUCCCGGAGCCGAAAACCAAGGAUGACCUGGAGCAGCUCACCUCGGAGAUCAAGAAAAGGGCCAACAACGUCCGCAACAAACUAAAGAGCAUGGAGAGGCACAUCGAGGAAGAUGAGGUGCGGUCGUCUGCGGACCUUCGGAUUCGGAAAUCCCAGCACUCUGUCCUCUCUCGGAAGUUUGUGGAGGUGAUGACCAAGUACAAUGAGGCGCAGGUGGACUUCCGUGAACGCAGCAAAGGGCGAAUCCAGCGGCAGCUUGAGAUCACUGGAAAGAAGACUACAGAUGAGGAGCUGGAAGAGAUGCUGGAGAGUGGCAACCCUGCCAUCUUCACUUCCGGGAUCAUCGACUCCCAGAUUUCCAAGCAAGCCCUCAGUGAGAUCGAGGGUCGGCACAAGGACAUCGUGCGGCUGGAGAGCAGCAUCAAGGAGCUCCACGACAUGUUCAUGGACAUCGCCAUGCUGGUGGAGAACCAGGUCAGGACAGGUGGCCCGGGAAGGGAGCUGGGGCGCUGGCCUGGAGUGCAUGCUGCUUGCCGGGAUUCCCCUCGUGCUGCCCUCCUGCCCUCACAGCUGGACUUCACCUUCGCUCCUUGUCCCCCACCUCUGGUGCCAUCCUCUCUCCACUGCAGGCUUCUCAGCCACACCUUUCUUCACCAGGAAACUUCCUAUGACAUUGGGUGCAAAUAAACUAUUUAUGAGUUGCGCAAAGGGAGGACAAAUUUAUGAAAAUGAGUUGGGGGUGGGGCGAAGCACGGAUCACAGCAGCACACUACUGUUUGGAUGGAGGUGUAGGGUGGGGCCUGCAGGGCGCAGAGCAGCCCCGCCCCUGCGUUUAGGUCACACUUGCCCCCGUGAGUGCCUGCAGGGAGGGUUGCAGCUCACCCAGUGUCUCAGUUAAUACCCGGACAGCCAAAAUUAGAGGAAACUGAUUCAGCUCAGUCUGUGGAGGUUUCAGCCCAUAAGCUGCUGGCUCCAGCACAGAACGGCACAUGGCAGAGGCAACAGCUCAUGGCGCAGGGGACCAAAAGCAAGAGGCCUUCCUGACCUCGCUCUGCCUCUCUUUUGUAUGUAGACUGCUGGAAGUAGGGUGGUGCCCCAUCGGCUGAUCCAGUGAUCACACUCCCUUAGUCCCGGCACUGCGCUCCAGACCCAGCCACCGCUGAGAGAGCCCCAUCUAAGAGCAUGAGGCUUGGGCCAGGGCCUGGAGAGCGGGGCGGACACCCAGCCAGCAGGUCUUUGGCGAAUGCUCGCUGCUUAGGGCUCCUCCAGUUGCGCCCUGCAGCAAGCCUAUCUCGCUUCCUUCCUCAGCGUGAGGCUUAUCCAAGGACGAGCAUCACUGUCUUGCUCACCGCGUCCCCACAGCUUGGCACGACGCCUGCCACUCACAGGUGCGCAGGUACUUGCUGACUAACGUAGAGUUAGGCUGUGAUUUCAUUCAUGGAUGGAUCACGGGUUUCUGGCUAAGUCAUCAAUGGGAACACAGCUUACUGCCAUCAGAGGCUGUCAAGCUGGCUGGCCAGGGACUGAGGCAUGAUGCAGACGCCCCACAGGAGCCCCAACCACAGGGGCCAGGCUGCUUCGAGGGAUGGUGAUCAUGGGGUUCUCUCAGUACCUCCAUUCCACAGGCGAGGUUACCGCAGGAGAGUGGCCUGGAGCCUGAAUCCAGACCCCAGCAGAAGUUCUAGGUAGGACUCCCCCUGCCAACAGUGCCAUUGGAGCUCACGACAAAGGAGACAGACAGUAGCUCUUGUUUAGGGCUGCUAUCUCUUUUACUCAAAAAUAAGUGUUUCAUCUUGAAUCAACACAUUUCAAAUCACCUGGAAGGGCCUCAGCCCUCCAGGCACGGCAGGGACCUCCCUUUCCUCAGCUCACCAACUGCUACUUCAGUGCUUUCUGCAAACCGCUUUCUGGGGCCACGCUCCAUUGCCCUCACCUCCCCCACACCACGAGCUGACGCUGUUCGCGGCACGGACACCAAGGUGGCCCAAACCCUGUCCCUACUCAAGAUCGGUGUGUUCGGCUUUAGAACCGGCUAUAUGUCUGAUAGCUUAGUGAUCAUUACAUUGGAAGGGGGUCAC